AUGCCAAUUUCAAGCAGCUCUUCUUCCUCAACGAAGAGUAUGCGCAGGGCAGCGUCCGAGCUCGAGAGGUCUGAUUCUGUUACGGUAAGGAGUAAAGUUCUUAUUACCACUCCAUAUAGCCCUAUCAUGCUCAACUGUUGGGUCGAAGUGGUCAGAACUAUUGUUAUAAGUGUCACUUGCUAAUCUUAUUUGGACUUUUUUAUAUAUUGCCUCAAUGCGCGCAGAGAGCCUGGCUCAUUGGCGAGGGAACUAUAAUGCAGGAGCGGUUGGGAAAACUGUAACUUUAUAUAGGAAAAUAACUUAUUGUUGUUUAGCAGCUCGGCUUUUAAAUCACUAAGACUGAGCUAUGCGGCAGGUUUUCUUAGACUGCAUUGGCGUUCUUAUGCGUUUUUGGAGAUGUAAAAUGCUUCCAUCGAGGUAAGCAUGGCUCUCCAGUCUCCAAUUAUAUAUGGGCUGUGUCUUGUGCGCUGUCGGUGGUCGAGAUAGUUUAAAUCUGUUCACAGACAUAACAAGAAAGCUGUUUCAAGACCAAUAUGUUUUUGGGCGCAGUCUCCAAGAUUCAUUGGGAGACGACAAAGUUUGAUCGAGGAUGCGCGGAAGGAGCGAGAGGCGGCGGCAGCCGCGGCAGAGGCGGCUGAAGCGACUGAACAGAUCGUGUUUGAAGAAGAGGAUGGAAAAGCUCUGCUCAAUCUCUUCUUCACGCUGAGAAGUUCCAAGACCCCAGCACUGUCGCGCUCUCUCAAGGUGUUCGAGGUAAGUGCGAACGAUGAGCAAUGCCUUUUUCUGUAUAAAAAAUCGGAUUUGGGAUUAUUAAAAAAAAACGUAUUUCAAGUGAGAUGUUUAACUUUGAAAAUAAACAACAUCGAAUUUACGUUUUUUAUUCAAAUGGAUAGUGGAAUACAUAUUUUACACAAUCUUCUAGGAUUUUAGAAAGUAGAAAUAUGUAUGAAUAUUCGAGAUGAUAGGAGAUAUUCAAGAAGGCUAUUAAUUUGGAGUUGUAAAUUGUGAGGAAAAUGUUGUAGCCUAAGACUAUUAGGGAUUGUUCUCAGCUCUCCUUGUUGAUUUUCCAGCCGACAAGGCAACAUCACUCUGUCUAAUAUGUCAUUUGGGUUCAGGAGAGGCAACUCGGUAAAUUCUAAUGUUAUGUCAAAUUAUGCACAGCAGAUUGUUGGAGCCUUGAACAAAGGUGUCAAGGAUUAUACGUAAAUAGAUUUCCUGAGUGGGAAUGAUUCAAUUCUGAUCAUAUUUUCAUGGUGUAGCCUACUAUCAACAACAACUUGUUUUAAAGUAUGGUCAUUUCUUAUCAAGGGAAAAUAAAAUAUCCCUGAACUGUCCAUAUCUUAAAAUGUGUAGGCUAACCUAAUCAAGCAAAUCCCCACCUGGCAAAAAACUGGUUGAAUAAACGUUGUUUCAACGUCAUAAAAAAAAGAUUGAAUCAACGUGGAAAACUGAUUUAAUUUGCCAAAAGUCAGUCAUCAAUGUAAGGGAAUUUCGUCAUUUUUUCACCCAACUUUUAAAGUAAAUCCAAUGACAGGGUGAAAUGUUUCAUUGAUUUCACUUUGAAUUCACGUUAGUUGACAACUAAACCAAAUGUAAAACAAAACUAGAAGUUGAACUGAUGUCUAUGCCCAGUGGGUCAUGAUUGAGUUAAAGUAGUCUCAUCAAGUUAUUUAAAAUGACAUGCUAUAUUCUUAUUAUGUUGAGAUUUCAGAUGAAAUCUUUGUAGGAAAUAUAAUCCUAUAUUAUUACUGGUAUUUUAGAUGAAUUACCAGCCUUGCGAUAUUUUUUAUGUUCCUGAUAGGUCACUAUUUCAUUGGGGGUGUGGUGUAGAGAACCUAGAGGAAGCUGUCUGGUAUCAGACUCGUUUGACACAUAGCACAUGAGAUCAAGUGAUGUGCUGGUUUAUUCUUGUGGGUUUUUUGUUGCAAGCAAGUUUGUUUUAACACGCAAAACAUGUAAUCUCCCUUUACGCCUUGAACAGACAGUCAGUGUUUUACGUUUUGGUACACCAGAAGUACAUUCAUUUCCAAUGGAACGCUGCGUUUGCAUUGCAGCAUUGCGUUACAGAAGCAGUAGCAGUGCGUUCUGUGUGGUGCAUACGGUGUAUUUAUCCAACAUAUGCAUCAAAUUGUAUGCGUAUACUUGACAGGAAUAGUAAGGAAAAGGUGAAUGUAAAAUUUUUGUUGCACACAUAUCCACUCAAAUGUUGGAUUACAUAAUGAAAAAAGUUUGACUGCAGAAUGUAUUAUGCAGUAUUGAUGCAUAACACUGUAGGUCUGAUAGAGGCGUUACUAGCCUCGCGUUUGAAGAAAUCCUGCACUGACGUGCAGCCAGACCCGUCGCCAGACCUCAGUCUUAAGGGGGGCAUAUGAAAUGCAUGGGAGGGCAGGGCACAAUUAUUAUUAGCCUACAGUACAUAUAUUUAAUAAUACAUUCCCUCAAGUGGGGGGGCACAAGCAUUUUGGGGGGCGGGCCCGGCCCCCUAUGGCCCGCCCAUAGCGACGGGUGUGCGUGCAGCUAUGCGGUAGCCCUUUUCUGCAGUCUAAUGACGAGAAGCACCUUCUAGUGGCCUCAUGGGUGGAACGUUAUUAAUAUUUUUUAUAAUUUCAUAAUUAAUCAACCGUUGUAUUUUUUUUAACCUGUGAAAAUCCGGUGUAUCAAUGUCAAACAGUUUUGUUAUACUUCAGUCUUCUAUGAUGUACAAUUGAAGUCGGAUGUUUACAUACACUUAGGUUGGAGUCAUUAAAACUCGUUUUUCAACCACUCCACAAAUUUAUUGUUAACAAACUAUCGUUUUGGCAAGCCGGUUAGGACAUCUACUUUGUGCAUGACACAAGUAAUUUUUCCAACAAUUGCUUACAGACAGAUUAUUUCACUUAUAAUUCACUGUAUCACAAUUCCAGUUGGUCAUAAGUUUACAUACACUAAGUUCACUGUGCCUUUAAACAGCUUGGAAAAUUCCAGAAAAUGAUGUCAUGGCUUUAGAAGCUUCUGAUAGGCUAAUUGACAUCAUUUGAGUCAAUUGGAGGUGUACCUGUGGAUGUAUUUCAAGGCCUACCUUCAAACUCAGUGCCUCUUUGCUUGACAUCAUGGGAAAAUCAAAAGAAAUCAGCCAAGACCUCAGAAAAAAGAUUGUAGACCUCCACAAGUCUGGUUCAUCCUUGGGAGCAAAUUCCAAAUGCCUGAAGGUACCACGUUCAUCUGUACAAACAAUAGUACGAAAGUAUAAACACCAUGGGACCACGCAGCCGUCAUACCGCUCAGGAAGGAGACGCGUUCUGUCUCCUAGAGAUUAACAGACUUUGGUGCGAAAAUAGCAAAUCAAUCCCAGAACAGCAAAGGACCUUGUGAAGAUGCUGGAGGAAACAGGUACAAAAGUAUCUAUAUCCACAGUAAAACGAGCCCUAUAUCGACAUAACCUGAAAGGCCGCUCAGCAAGGAAGAAGCUACUGCUCCAAAACCGCCAUAAAAAAGCCAGCCUACGGUUUGCAACUGCACAUGGGGACAAAGAUCAUACUUUUUGGAGAAAUGUCCUCUGGUCUGAUGAAACAAAAAUAGAACUGCUGGCCAUAAUGACCAUCGUUAUGUUUGGAGGAAAAAGGGGAAGGCUUGCAAGCCGAAGAAAACCAUCCCAACCGUGAAGCAUGGGGUGGCAGCAACAUGCUGUGGGGCUGCUUUGCUGCAGGAGGGACUGGUGCACUUCACAAAAUAGAUGGCAUCAUGAGGAAGGAAAAUUAUGUGGAUAUAUUGAAGCAACAUCUCAAGACAUCAGUCAGGAAGUUAAAGCUUGGUCGCAAAUGUAUCUUCAAAAUGGACAAUGACCCCAAGCAUACUUCCAAAGUUGUGGCAAAAUAGCUUAAGGACAACAAAGUCAAGGUAUUGGAGUGGCCAUCACAAAGCCCUGACCUCAAUCCUAUAGAACAUUUGUGGGCAGAACUUGAAAAAACGUGUGGGAGCAAGGAGGCCUACAAACCUGACUGUUACACCAGCUCUGUCAGGAGGAAUGGGCCAAAAUUCACCCAACUUAUUGUGGGAAGCUUGUGGAAGGCUACCCGAAACGUUUGACCCUGUCACGAUCGUCUAAUGAGGGAGACCAAAGCGCAGCGCGUUGAGCGAACAUGACUUUAUUAAAUUAAAGUACUCACUACAAAAAAAAAAAAAACAACGACGAAUCGUGAAGUCCUCAGUUAUAAUGACUGACAAGGAACAAAAACCCACAACACUAAGGUGAACACUGACAGUUUAAAUAUGGCUCCCAAUCAGAGAUAACGAGCCGACAGCUGACACUCGUUACCACUGAUUGGGAGUCACACGACCAAACAAGGAAACACAACACAACCAAUACCAAACACAACCAAAUGAACACACCCUGGCUCAAAAUACACAGUCCCGGAGCCAGAGCGUGACAGUACCCCCCCCCUAAAGGCGCGGACUCCGACCGCGCCUACACCCCAAAUAGGGAAGGGCUGGGUGGGUAUUGCUCCUCGGAGGCGGCUCCGGCUCCGGGCUUGACCACCACCCUACUACAAUCCCCCCGUAGUGCCCCCAGUCCGAUCUGACCCAGUUAGCUGGAUCAGGACUGCCGACGCGCACCCCUGGCUUGGCGCGUGAGGCAGGAAUGGACCGGACCUGGCAGACGAUACGCACCCUUUGCAUGGUGCGUGGAGCCGGAACAGGCCUCACCAGGCUGAAGACUCGCAUCCCUGGCUUGGUGCGAGUAGCAGGAAUGGGCUGAAUCCGGCUGACGACUCGCACCCUUGGCUUGGUGCGAGUAGCAGGAAUGGGCUGAAUCCGGCUGACGACUCGCACCCUUGGCUUGGUGCGAGUAGCAGGAAUGGGCUGAAUCCGGCUGACGACUCGCACCCUUGACUUGGUGCGAGUGGCAGGAACAGGCUGAAUCCGGCUGACGACUCGCACCCUUGUCUUGGUGCGGGGAGCAGGACUGAGCCGGACCGGGCUGACGACGCGCACCACUGACCUGGUGCGGGGAGCUUGGAUGGGCCGGACUGGGCUGGCGACGCGCACCACAGACUUGGUGCGGAGAGCAGGAACGGGCCGGACAGGGCUGACGAAACGCACCAUAGACUUGGUGCGGAGAGCAGGAACGGGCCGGACAGGGCUGACGACGCACACCACUGGCUUGGUGCGGGGAGCUUGGAUGGGCCGGACUGUACUGGGGACACACACCACUGGCCCUACACCGGGAUCUGGAACGGGCCGGACCGGACUGGCAACACACGCCAGUACCUCUCGCCGUGCCUCUACUUCCUCCAUCCCCUCUUCGACCAGUGGCCCCCGUAACCCGGCGGCCUCCUCCGGCAACCCACUGGACCGCUCUAUCGCGGCCUCCUGCUGGUCCGACGUCGUGAGCCCCCCCCUAAAAAUUUUCUGGGGUUCUCUCCUCUUCGUGGACCAGGCCUCCAUCGUUCUCGCCAGACUAUCACCCCACUGCUCCAAAGUCCAACCUCUCUCCUCUUCUCUUGGCUUGGCCCAGUCGAGACUCCUACUCAACUGCUCCCAAGUCCAUCCUCUCUCUUCUUCAUGCUGCUUGAUCUGGUUAAGGUGGGUUUUUCUGUCACGAUCGUCUAAUGAGGGAGACCAAAGCGCAGCGCGUUGAGCGAACAUGACUUUAUUAAAUUAAAGUACUCACUACAAAAAAAAAAACAACAACGACGAAUCGUGAAGUCCUCAGUUAUAAUGACUGACAAGGAACAAAAACCCACAACACUAAGGUGAACACUGACAGUUUAAAUAUGGCUCCCAAUCAGAGAUAACGAGCCGACAGCUGACACUCGUUACCACUGAUUGGGAGUCACACGACCAAACAAGGAAACACAACACAACCAAUACCAAACACAACCAAAUGAACACACCCUGGCUCAAAAUACACAGUCCCGGAGCCAGAGCGUGACAGACCCAUGUUAAACAAUUUAAAGGCAAUGCUACCAAAUACUAAUUGAGUGUAUGUAAACUUCUGACCCACUGGGAAUGUGAUGAAAGAAAUAAAACCUUAAAUAAAUCAUUCUCUCUACUAUUAUUCUGACAUUUCACAUUCUUAAAAUAAAGUGGUGAUCCUAACUGACCUAAGACAGGGAAUUUUUACUAGGAUUAAAUUUCAGGAAUUGUGAAAAACUGAGUUUAAAUGUAUUUGGCUGAGGUGUAUGUGAACUUCCGACUUUAACUGUAUAUAAAGUUUAAUAUUGGGAUGCAAACUCAAAAUUGAAUACAUUUCAACUCUAUAUCUGACAUGGUACAGGUGUUUUCUUUUUUUUUUAAGCCCAUAACCGUGUUUGAGGUGUAUACUUUCGUUUCAAAGUAGUUCAAUUUGUUUACAACUACCAAGAAACACUCUGUGUGACCCUGAUUUAGCCCACUGCAAUAAAAGGUUAAGUUCUGCCCAUUGGUUGCAAUUGACCGAUGCAGUUUACCGGAGAAAUGUGUUCUGACCUCAGACCUUUGGCUAGACCUACCACCCAUCCCUCCCUUCCUUCCUCUCUCUCUCACUCCAACCCUUCUUAUUCUAUCAUAAAGGUUUGUUCUCAAUCAUCUGAAAAUCUCCUCACCUCCUUUCCUUCACUGCAAGAACGAACCAGGUGAAAACCAGUCUAAUGAUGAGCUUCCACCAUAAAAUAAUAUUAUUGUUUUCACCUCAAGUCUUUUCUAGUUAGUGCAGAUGAAGGGGUGGAGAUGAGGAGAUGACAGAUUUUUUUGCAUUUGAGAAAGAGCCUAAGUAUGUUGUGCCUGACAGACUUUUCAAGUAGGGCAGAUGCAGUGGGGGUGUAAACUACUUUAGUAAAAAUACUUUAAAGUACUACUUAAGUAGUUUUGGGGGGUUAUCUGUACUUUACUUUACUAUUUAUAUUUUUUACAACUUUUACUUUUACUUCACUACAUUCCUAAAGAAAAUAAUGUACUUUUUACUCCAUACAUUUUCCCCUGACACCCAAAAGUACUCGUUACAUCUGCUAAAUGACGUAAAUGUAAUGUAAAUGAAUGCUUAACAGGACAGGGAAAUGGUCCAAUUCACACACUUAUCAAGACAACAUCCCUGGUCUCCCAUACUUCCUCUGAUCUGGCGGACUCACUAAACACAAAUGCUUUGUUUGUAAAUGUUGGAGUGUUUAUGUGUGCCUCUGGCUAUCCGUAAAUUAACACACAAAAAAGGAAAAUGGUGCCGUCUUGUUUGCUUAACAUAAGGAAUUCUAAAUUAUUUAUACUUUCCCUUUUUCUUUUGAUACUUAAGUAUAUUUUAGCAAUUACAUUUAUUUUUUAUACUUAAGUAUAUUUAAGACCAAAUACUUUUAGACUUUUACUUAAGUAGUAUUUUACUGGGUGACUUUCGCUUUUACUUGAAUAAUUUAAUAUUAAGAAAUCUUUACUUUUACUCAAGUAUGACAAUUGGGUACUUUUUCCACCACUGUACAGAUGAAGGGGAGUACACGAGGAAAGGAUAGAUGUUUGAGCAACUGAGAAGAGCCUAAGAGAUAUAUAUGUUGUGCCUGACAGACGUUUGAAGCUAAGAUCCACCACUUGGAAACGCGGCCUUGCAGGAAGCCCCGGGACAGCCUGGAGGGUCUGGAGUACUUUGUCCGCUGCGAGGUGCACCUGUCUGAUGUCAGCACCCUCAUCAGCUCCAUCAAGAGGAUCGCAGAGGACGUCAAAACCACCAAAGAAGUAAAAUGUGAGAAUUUUCUGCAUAAUGCACUUUAUUAAAACUGUACUAGUCUCACGAGCACAGGUGAGAAUACACAAUGCUGUGGAACUCGAGGCUAAAACUAUAGCAGCUAUCAAAUGUAAGGCCAUCUAAUAUGGUAUAGCUGAUGUACGACCCAAAUGUAACCUAGCUGAACCAUCUUUACACUCACAAAAUCUCAGAAACAGUAUAGUUGAAUGAUCCUGUUGAAUCCCAAGACUUGACUGGCUGGUCACCUCCAUAGAUAUAUUCCACUUUUGCAUUGUAUUUAGUCAUACUAUUGAGUUGACCAAAGCUAUUAAUCUGGGACAGAUGGCAGGCUUUGUUCAUACAUUUGUGUGCAUUACGUGUUUUGCUUUGACAAGAAUGAAAGAUAUACAUGGAAAGAGAAUAAUGUUUGUAAAAGAAAACACAUUUACGGUCUUUUUUCAGUUCACUGGUUCCCAAAGAAAAUCUCAGAGCUGGACAGAUGUCACCACCUUAUCACAAAAUUUGAUCCAGAUUUAGACCAAGAACACCCAGUGAGUGAAUGAAUGGAAACAAUCACUCUAGUUGCUUGUGUAGAGACAGAAUAUCAUUGUUACAUUGCUAUUACACUGUUAUUACAUUGUUAUUACAUUAUUAUUAUUAACAUUUUGGCCGCAAUUCACAAGUUUUGACAGUUGUUGAGCCUACAUCAAAGAAUAACCUUAUUAUAUUGCUAUAACGCUGCCAUAUUUCUAAUAACAGUAUAAUUAAUUAAUAUAUAAUAUAUAUAUAUAUAUAUAAUUACACUAUUAUAAAAUGUGACACUGUAGAUAUUGGGCCUCUACUCAUGUUUUGUGUGACGGUUUUGUACAGGGUUUCACAGAUCCCGUCUAUAGGCAGAGGAGGAAGAUGAUUGGAGACAUUGCCUUCAGAUAUAAACAGUAAGCCAGAAAUAAUUAUACCGUAUCUCAUUAUAACAUUUAUUCAUUUUAAACAUUAGCCCUAAGAAAUUAGAUUUCUCAUCUCCAAAAGGUAAACUUUUCAGGAAUAUAUAUAUUUUUUCAAUCUUCUGCUAUAUAGCAGACCUGGGCAGAAGAUACUGUAGUUGUAUUUUGUAGUUUAUUUGAAAAUACAGUACCAACUUUUCAAAUACUGGAGGCAGUCAAAUAUAUUUUAUAUAGAGUUUUAACUAAAAGGCAGCUAUUUUCUUUGAUAUUCAAAUACAGGUCUCAGAAAAACAAAUCAUAUUUGAAAGUAUUUAGAAUACCUCUCAGAAAAUCAAAUAAUAUUUUAACUUGAAUAUAUAUGCAAGUUAUAAAAAAAGUAAUAAUAAUUUGAUGGCUGCCAAAUAUUUGAUGAUGAACAGUUAGUUGGUCUAAAUAUAUGAUCAUGAGCACAUGGUUUGGAAGGCUCUUAGAUAUGGAUCUUAAUAUAGCCUAUAGAAUUAAAUACAUGAGGGACAUGGAAUCACGUCAACAUUAGUAGUAGACCACUUUUGCAGCUUCAAGAUGACUAAUAAAUAUAUUUUGAAAAUGAGUGAGACUUAAGGUAAUACAGUAACACUUGACAUCAAGUUUUUAUACAUGUGUAGUAACUUUGUGACUAUUACAAAAGCAACAUUGGUGUUACAUAGGACCAGGGGUUUGAACAGAACCGAAAUGCGGAAAAGAACAGAAACGGAACUGGGAAAGAAAGUCAUCCAUACUGUUCCGGAACAGAAACAUUGUUUUUUUUUAAACAUGGGAACUGGUUAAUAACGUCCUUUUACAUUCCAGGCAUUUUUUUCAAGUCCCACCAAAAAACGCAACAAUGCACCGAUGCAAAGCCCUCACGCUGUCACUCAGAAACAUAUUUCAGUGUUUGCCUGCAAGCUAAAAAUCUUUGCCAGUGUACGUGUUUAGGCUACUGUACUUACGUUACAAGCGUAAUUCAGAAGAUUGGGAGAGGCAUUUUUAAUUAGCUAUAGAAAAAUGUAUUCACUUUUUCAAUGGAAGUUAAGGAUACUAUAGGCCUAGUUAUCACGUUUGACUUCUUACAAAAAGGUAAGCAGUGUUUUUAAUUGUAGCGUCGCGCUGCACACAUAAACGUGUUACCUAGCUAGCUCAAGCUUGUAAGCUAGCUAGCUCAAAGGACAUUCAAAGGUCCUCCAUAGAAGCCGCUCCUCCUAGGUAUAAUUCUGUGGACCUAGCUAAUUCAGACAAUGCAUGUCAUAACAAGAUGGCCAUUGCUUCAAGCCUCCUUCUCAACCCUGUCUCGGGUCAUGGCUAGAAGGGAUCUAGCUUUUGUCAAAUUAACGUCAAAAGUCUAGUUUUUUUGCAUUUUAGCUAACCCUAACCAUUUUCCUAACCUUAACUUAAUUAUCCUAACCUGGUACGUUAAUUCUCCUAACCUGCUGCGGAAGUUCUCCUAACCUGCUACGAAAGGUCAAAUCUGACGUUAAUUUGACAAAAGCUAGAUCCCAUCUAGCCAAGAUCCCUCUCUCACUCUCUCCCCACCUGCAAAAUUUGAGUACCAUAUUGUGCAAUAGGCUUGACUUGUCUUUUUUUGCAGGUCGGAACAGUGGAAAGGAACACAUUUUUUGGGGGGGGUUCUGUUCAGAACGAAAUGAUUGGAAAAUAAUUUAGGUUCCAACCCUUCCAUAACAUUUUGGAAAUCGCUGUAUAAUUGCAUAAUACUGGAGUUAUAACAUAUGUGAAAUAAGGAACAGUUACUAUUCCUGUACAGUAGUGUACAGCUCAUUGCUAUGCAAUUAAAAUGCAAUUACCAAAGUGUUAUGUAACAACAUGUUAAUAAAAUGUUGCUCCAAAAUGAAUUACAGCUUUAUUACACAGGCACAAUAACAGUUUAAUGUUAAGUGUUCCUGAGAAUGCUAACAGUAACAAAAUAUGGCUAUUAAGUGUCAAAAGGAAACAAAAUAUCCCAAAACUGCCUUCUUGAAUCAACUACAGCCAUGCAUGGUAGGUUGAAAAUUACGUUAGUUUGUACUCUCCCUUUAAAGACGGUAUAGCGUGUGUUUUAAACAAGAACAUUUACCCUCAGAUGGACAAAGAGGUUCAAAGUUGUUUUUUCUAAAACUCCAACUUGCUGUUUGCAAUGUUUGCAAAUGGCUUUGAAUUACUGUGCAGUAUUUCCAGGUAUCAUAACAUGUAUUGUAGCUUUAGACCUUUUCAGUGGCAUACAGUAGUUGAGCCUCACAACUUAUUUAUACUUAUCUGUACAAAAUAUAAUUGGUUAGACUUGAUUAUGUACACCUGGGGCAAUGGACUUUCAGGAGAAUGGACAUUUACAAAAUGUUCAGAUAGAAAUGUAUUGUGUAUAUCAAAUAUGACUUUCAGAUAGAUUGGAAUAGUAUAGGAGAUUUGGUGUGCUCUAUUCAUUCUAUUUCUAUCUUAACAUGCAGUUCCAGAUACAGCACUGCCAUUUUUUUAAAAAGUAGUUACUUUCUCAGAUCUUUAUUCAAAUCAUUUACAAAAGUAGUUACUUUCUGAUAUCUGUAUUAAAAUCGUUUUGAAAAGUAGUUACUUUCUGAGAUCUGUAUUCAAAUUGUUUUAAAAAGUAGUAUUUUUUUUCGGAUCUGUAUUCAAAUAGUUGUAGUCACCUCCAAAGUAACUAUUUAUUCCCCUGGAAAAAUAGUUACUUUCCACAAAGCGUAGUUAAAAACUAUAGUUAUUCAAGGUCUGUGAUGUAGUAAUAGAAAUUCACAAGGCGUUUUACUUUGAUUAGUCCUAGAGUCAUGAAACUUUCACAGUACAUGGAGACUAAUGACUACUUAACAUUUCAUUUUAACAUAAUCAAAAAAGUGGAUACAAGGUUUAUCCAGGAUGAGGACGCUACAGUGGUGUAUAUCUGUUAAUUUCAUUCUUCAUUCUUCUCUUUGUCAGAGGAGAGCCCAUCCCCAGAGUAGAAUACACAGAGGAGGAGAUCGGUACAUGGUGAGUGGCACUAGCAUUAUAUUCUCUGGUAAAAUCAGUGAUAAGUAGUCAAACCUUAAGACAGUGUUAGACCAUUGAACUAAAGCUAAGGCAUUAGCUCUGGGAGCUACAAUGACUCUUCACAUCUCAAUACUUAUCGUGCAAGGUUUGUUUAUUGUAUGCUUUCUGCUAUAAAUAAAUAUAUGCUUCAGCCUUCUGUUUACCUGUUCAUUUGCAGAAAGACGUGUUUUUUUCAUACCAUUUAUGAGAUGUGAUUUUGACUCAGAAAGUGGUAAUGGUGAUUUAAUGGUUAUUUUCCUGAUUUGCCACGGAGAGAGGGUGCUAUCAAGCAAUCUAGAGUACAAGCUUUUAAUCGUUUAUGUGCAAAUGUCACAGAUUAAAGUCAUUUGCCCAGAUAUCAUGUCAGUCUAAAAUGUCAGUUCAUUGUUUGCACCUGAGAGGACUCUGACUCAGUCCACCAAACGGAAAUAUUGUGUUUGAUCAAUAUAAUAACAACAACAAAAAAAGUGGUCAGGUCUCUUGACCGAACCUCUCCGAAGUGACUGUCAACCAUCUGGUACAAGACUUUGGCCCCAUCCCAAAUGACACCCUAUUCCCUAUGUAGUGCACUACUUUUGACCAGAGUCCUAUGGGCCCAGCUCAAAAGCAGUGCACUAUAUAGAGAAUAGGGUGCCAUUUGGGAAGUAGACUUGCUCCUGGAUAACCCGAUUAUCAGAGAGUAAAUUGUUUUGUUUGGGAGAGAUUUACAGUUGACCUAGAGGACAACAUGCUGCCAUAACUCAAUCAAAGAGAGGCCACACAUUCAGCUCACCAUUUUGGAAAUGGGUUAUACAGAAGUCUUGUCUUUUUUUAUGGAUAUAUUUGGACUUCUAUAACAUUUCUGUCUUGAAAAUGCCUAGAAAUCAAUCCUUUUCCCAUAACGCCUCACAGUUGUGUUUUAAGAUUUCUACAUCUUCAUCUUCAAUUUUAUCUACAACAUAUUUGUUCCAUCGUGUGUUCAUUUUCUGGUGUGUGUCCCUGUGUGUGUGCAUACGUGCAUGUAUGUGUGUCUGUGUGUUCUCAUACGUGUGUGUGUUGGACAGGAGAGAGGUGUACUGCACCCUGAGGGACCUGUACACCACUCACGCCUGCAGUGAACACCUGGACGCCUUCCGCCUGCUGGAGAGACAUUGUGGGUACAGCCCUGACAACAUCCCCCAGUUGGAGGACGUGUCACGCUUCCUCAGAGGUACUCAUACAUACCGCCUAUAGCAGCCAUAGUCAUUGCACUUCUCACAAGACGCAUGUGUCUCUCUGCAAUUUCAUUGGCAACUCCAGCAAUUAUCUGAAUGAAAGUGUUUUCCUCAGUCAGCUGAAUGCGCCGCUUAGUUCAUAGAACCAUGGUUACAUUAGUAACCUUUGCUAUUAGCGGCUGGGACAAACGGAACAGUAACAGCGGCUUCUAGUGUUUUUAGCACAUCUUGAAAACAAAAUAUUCCUAUGAAUUUGGCUGUAGUUUUUGAACUGUUGGAGCUACUCCAUUCCUGAAAGCUACGAUUCUCAGGAACAUGUUUCUGUUUCUAUCUAUCACACAAAUUGUGCAGGACUCAUUAGAAGGGAGAGUAAAGAAUCUGCACAGAAUGACUGGGGGAAAUUAAUUGAUUCUUCACAAAAGAUCAUACACAAAGAUUGCUUGAUAUUCAUUAUCAUCCCUAAUCAUCAUCAUCAUCAUCAUCAUCAACUUUCCAAAACCUUUCUGAUGCAUUUCAAUUACUCCAAAGCAUAUUUCUCCUUCAGACUGAAAUGUAGCAUUACCUGAUUUGACGUUUGUACUAUAACAUUUAUUGAGAUAAUGGCAAUAAGGCCAGAUUCAAAAGAUUCAUACAAUGAUUUUUACACGUUUGUUUCUGAUACCCCAACGUGUCCUUAAAUAAAGACUUUAAACCUUGAUGGUCCAUGUUAAAAGUAUCUUAAAUAUCAUGUGUGAAUCCAUUUGAUAUUAUGUAUGAAUCAAUUUCACUUCGUGACCCCCCGACCCCCCAGCAAAGUUGUUUCACAAAAGUAAGUCCCUCAGAAAUAUUAGUGACUACCACUGGCCUAUAGCAUGUUCAAUACAGCCCACUCCUGAUUGGACAUUAGAUACAUGUAAGUGCAAACAAGUGGAUAUUCAACCGGUGUAGGGGUCGAAAAUGGUAAGGGUUAAGGUUGGGUUUAGAGACAAAGGUUAGCUUAAUGUUAGGUGCCGCAGACAUACAUUUUCUGCCGGCUGAAUACACACUACGUAAGGGCCACCUCUUCAAAUAGACUGUUAGUUGCUCAUGACAACUGCAUUGUUUUUAUGUGUCACUAUCUCCUUUUUCUCUUUUUUUUUCUCUGUCUCGUUCUCUCUCUCUCUCUCUCUCACACACACACACACACACACACACACACACACACACACACACACACACACCACACACACACACACACACACACACACACACACACACACACACACACACACACACACACACACACACACACACACACACACACACACACACACACACACACACACACACACACACACACACACACACACACACACCACACACAGAGUGUACAGGGUUCCAGCUGCGUCCCGUGGCAGGUCUCCUCUCUGCCAGAGACUUUUUAGCCAGUCUGGCCUUCCGUGUGUUCCAGUGUACCCAGUAUAUACGCCACGCCUCUUCUCCCAUGCACUCCCCUGAACCGUGAGUACUACUGUUUCACCAUGGCCACAUUCAGUAUGCAAACGUUGUUGCAGAUAGAAAUGUCAUGAAUAGAGCUGAUGUGAUUCCUAAUUCUACAUGCUAUAUUUCUAUCUGAACUUUGCAUAACAUCGUAGUUCUCCAUACCCGCGUAAAAAGAUAGCUGAUCUGUGUUUUUCUACAUUGUAUUGGAUACAGUGCAACCUUUGGUAGGUAGUCUGCUGGCAGGCUUCAGCUGCGGUACAGCAAAGCCAAGUGAAAUGAUAGGCUAUAAUGACUUUGCUCAUAAUCAUGCACGCUGCAAAUUACAUGUAACUAACUAUAACGUAACAAAUUCCACAUCAGCCAAUUAAAAACGUUGACGUAGUUGGACGUGAUCAAACAGUUUUUCAUGAAAGCGUUUCUAACAGAAGUCAAAUGUCACGUUCUGCUAAUCAAAGUUACUACAUCAUGUGUGUUUGAAUGACUGGUUAAAUAGCUCACAGUGUAGUGAGCUCCUGAUCAUUUUUGCAGUUUGCGGCAAGGGUUUGAUUCCUAGAUUAGAUUAUUAUGAUUUUUUUUAUGUAGAAUUACAUUUAGUGUGUUAGUGUGUUGCAAAGAGAAGUGCAACACCUUGACAAUUAAGAAUAAUAAUACAUUUAAUGAGGAACUGCAUCUUUCUUCAGCCCUGUAGACACACUGCUAAUAAUCACAGACGUGUACAUUUAACUGGAAGAAGUGAUCUCACAUCUUUGUUGUUGUGAGUGGCAUGGGGAGGGGCUUGGUGUCUGUGUGUGUAAACAGAGAGGAAGUGGCAAAGCGAGAGGUUUCAUGCCAAAAUUGAUUCUUGCGAUACAUUAAUUCUAAUUAAUUAGCUUUAAAACUGCAAAAUGUUCUCUCAGACUCAUGACAAAAUGUGUAGAAUAUUAUUAUAAAACUGCACCAUUUUCUCUCUGCCCUAUGGCAAAAUGUGUUGAAAUGCAGGAAGUUAGCUGUUAUCUCCCCAAAAAAAUCUGUUUCUUUUUUUGUGCGGGAGGCCUUCCACUUCUCCUUCCGCUUAUACUGUGUUUUCAAAAUACCCCUCAAAAUACCCUGCAAGAGAGGCAUAAUAAGUAAUGUCAAACUGUGUAGAAUUGCAGGAAAUGUGUUUUUAAAUGUUUUUUAAAAGAAUACGGGGGAGGACCCCCCGGCACUCCCGUCUACUGUUCGUCCCCCCAAUUUCUACACAACAAUUUUGCCCUUGGUGUGAAACGGAUAAUUUAAUUAUAAUUAUAAUAAUUUAAUUUAUAAUUAUAUGCCAUUUAGCAGACGCUUUUAUCCAAAGCGACUUACAGUCAUGCGUGCAUACAUUUUUGUGUAUGGGUGGUCCCGGGGAUCGAACCCACUACCUUGACGUUACAAGCGCUGUGCUCUACCAGCUGAGCUACAGAGCUAAGAAAAAACUUGGAAUUUUGUCAUAUAUGCGAAAACGUGCCUUUUGAAUUUGUUCUAACAUUAGUAGCCUAGUCAAAGAUGCAUCAUGCAAUAUAUAUUGGCACACUUCACUUGUUACAGACCAAGCAGAACAAACUAAACCUUGAAUUUGGAGGUUUAAAGUAUCCCUCUGGUGGCCAAGUUGACCUUUUUUAAGUAAUGCCAUUGGUUGGUGGCUACUACUGUCUAAGAUCUUUGAUUGGCUGAUGCGUAACCGGAAAUAAUCAUGCUGGUCAGCUGGUCAUGUUAGCAUAGUGGUUAAAUGUGCCAUGUUAUCUCAUGGGAAAAGCUAACAAGUAUCAUAUUUUGAGAAAAUGUUUCAACCUUAGGUUUAAGAUGGAGUUCGUAAGUAUGGACCCUCAAAGUAUUUGAAAGAUUUCAAAUGGUAUUUCAACUCAGGUCUAUGCUCCAUACAGCUCUCUGUCCUGUAUCAUUUAUUUAUCUUCAUUUCUAUCUCUCUUUCUAUACCUCUCUCUUCCUUAUCUGCACCUUCUAAGAUAGAGACAGCAUCAUACACUUUCUAUAGGAUAAUUGUAGGAAAUUUGUACUGGGCAUUUUACUCUCACUCUCUGUCUCCAUCUCAUGUGUGACUGUGUGCAUUUAGCAUUUAAUCGUCACAUUAAUUUUGUGAUGUUGCCAUAGGGACUGUGUGCACGAACUCCUGGGCCACGUCCCCAUUCUGGCUGACCGGGUGUUCGCCCAGUUUUCUCAGGUGACUAAUUCUGCAAAAUUACCCAUAUUGGCUUUAUUGAUUCUGAAGAUGGACAUUUUUAACCCAAUGAAAUUAAUAAAAGGAGCAGUUCUAAAAUGAAAGAGAGUUGGGCCUCUGGUCUGCACCUUGACUUGAGCUGUCUACCCAACAGCCUCUUAUCUGCUUUGUAUACCAUGAACCAAAGAUGAUACUCUGUCAUGCUUUGCUAACAGAGAUCACGUUUGUUGCAGAACAUCGGCCUUGCUUCACUGGGUGCUUCAGAAGAAGACAUUGAGAAACUGUCAACGGUACGUUUUGUUGUCGCAACAUGGCUUGGAUUAUUCCUGAUUCCUUAUUCGCUUCCUACCACACAUGCAAAACAUAUGAAGUGUAAAGCUGUAGAAACAUGACUGACUUUGCAAGCAUGUCUCCUUCUGUGUGUGUGUGUGUCUCAGCUCUACUGGUUCACGGUGGAGUUUGGUCUGUGUAAACAGGGUGGCAUUGUGAAAGCCUACGGGGCAGGACUCCUCUCCUCAUAUGGAGAGCUAGUGGUGAGUACAUGGUGUUAGACAUGUAGACAUCGCUCUCUCGCUCUCUCUCUCUCUCUCUCUCUCUCUCUCUCUCCUCUCUCUCUCCUCUCGUCUCUCCUCUCCCUUCUCCUCUCUCUCUCUCUCUCUCUCUCUCUCUCUCUCUCUCUCUCUCUCUCUCUCUCUCUCUCUCUCUCUCUCUCUCUCUCCUCGCUCUCUCUCUCUAUUCUAAAAUCAUGCCAUAUCUUAAUCCUAGAUAUAAGCCUCCAUAUAGACUACAUAGUGGAACAGAAUAAACCUCCCCUAACCUAAUUUUCAUUUAAAUGUUGAAUUACAGUAAUAUCCAGACAUUGUCCAGACAGUAACCACCCCCCUCUCUCUCCCCCCCUCUCUCGCUCCUUCUCUCUUUCUCUCUCUCUCUCUCACUCUCCCCCUGUUCUUGCCCAGCAUGCUCUGUCAGAUGAGCCAGAGAGGAGGGAGUUUGACCCAGAGGCUGCUGCCAUUCAGCCCUACCAAGACCAGAACUACCAGUCUGUAUACUUUGUCUCUGAGAGCUUCACAGAUGCCAAAGAGAAACUCAGGUAGCGGACCAGACACACAUAGGUCGUGUCCGAAUAACCAUACUUGCGUUCUAAAUAGUAGGCUUUUUGGGUAUGCAAAAAUAGACAUUUUGAAAAUAUAGUAUGCCAGGAUGUCAUACUCAUUUUGGCUUUUCAUGAAGUAGAAUUCACUGCACACUAUUGAGGAAGAGAAUCGUCCUUUAAAAGGUGAAUGAAAAUGAACAAGCGCGAUUGUGCAUUAAAUGAUGCCUUCUCAGUAUGGAUGAGUAGUAUGUUGAUAUUUGUUGCUUACUGAAUAUACAUUUUUAUUAAACUGUACAUACAAAAUAGUAUGUAGUACCAGUGGAGGCUGGUGGGAGGAGAUAUAGGAUGACGGGCUCAUUGUAAUGGCUGGAAUGGAAUGAAUGGAACGGAAUCGAGCAUGUGGUAUCCAUAUGUUUGAUGUGUUUCAUACUAUUCCAUUCCAGCAAUUACAAUGAGCUGUCCUCCUAUAGCGCCUCCCACCAGCCUCCACUGAAGUACACAGCAUGUAGUCUUAGUAAGUAGUAGGCAAGACAUAUUUUAUUUAUUUAUUUCAGACACAUCCAUUGACACACGGAGGCAUGCACCUACAAGCGCACAUGUAUAACCCGUAUAAUCCGGUCUCGCAUUCGUUUUAUUAUUCUACCCAUUUACAUCAGUUUUUCACUUUUAAACGAUCUACCUGCUAGCUUACCGGCAUUGGACAUAUCUCAAUCCACUGAAUCCGCCGAUACCAGACAUUUGCUUAUGCGUGGAUGGGAGCUGCGGUAGAGCAGUGUUUGUGAGACAAGGGAGGAUCUUCCAGAGCGGUUUCUCUCGCAAAAAUAUCUGUGAAGUUCAAACGGUUUGAGCCACAAACUAAUAUGACCCGAUUCUCACGAACACGCGCGUGUUGUCUGUUUUUCUCUAUGACACUCACAGGCCCCGAAGGACCCAAUGGGAGCGGAUGGGGUUUUUCCACAUAGAAUAUCAUACACAAUAUUUUUUUUCUGACAUUAUGCUUUCUUGAGCUUUACCUAUAUCUCUCAGAAACUUCAAAACCUUAUUCCUUCUGAUUUAUUUUUUGCCUCUCUUAUUUGCCAUGUAUUUCUGUGUUAUUCAAUGGUUUCUAUGGUCUAAUAGCAGUAAGGCCAAAUUCAAUGUUUCAUCAAAUAAUUUUUACAUAUAUAUUUUUUUUAUACCUACAGGGGUCCUAAAAUACAAAAUCAAAUAACUAAAUGGUCCAUGUUAUUAUUAUCUUAUAACAAUUCCAUAUGUUAGGUUGAUAGAUAUCGCCCUCUAGAGACUUAGACUGUACAGGGUUAAUAUGUAGUUGCAGUGCAAUGCAAAUCAGUUUUCUGUGAUUCAAUGCAUAUUGAAUUAAUGUUUCUUGUUGUUGGCCUCUACUGAAGAAAAGGUGAACCCUUUAUAUCCAUACUGAAUGAUACAAUAAGAAUGAGAAUAUGUUGUCAUUGAACUUUAGGCAGGUAGGCCAGCCAGCCAGCCAGCCAGCCAGCCAGCCAGCCAGCCAGCCAGCCAGCCAGCCAGCCAGCCAGCCAGCCAGCCAGCCAGCCAGCCAGCCAGCCAGCCAGCCAGCCAGCCAGCCAGCCAGCCAGCCAGCCAGCCAGCCAGACAGACAGACAGACAGACAGACAGACAGACAGACAGACAGACAGACAGACAGACAGACAGACAGACAGACAGACAGACAGACAGACAGACAGACAGACAGACAGACAGACAGACAGACAGACAGACAGACAGACAGACAGACAGAUAGAUAGAUAGAUAGAUAGAUAGAUAGAUAGAUAGAUAGAUAGAUAGAUAGAUAGAUAGAUACAGUGCCUUGCAAAAGUAUUCAUCCCCCUUGGCGUUUUUCCUAUUUUGUUGCAUUACAACUUGUAAUUUAAAUGGAUUUUUAUUUGGAUUUCAUGUAAUGGACAUACACAAAAUAGUCCAAAUUGGUGAAGUGAAAUGAAAAAAAUUGUUUCAAAAAAUUAAACAAAAUAAAUAACGGAAAAGUGGUGCGUGCAUAUGUAUUCACCCCUUUGCUAUGAAGCCCCUAAAUAAGAUCUGGUGCAACCAAUUACCUUCAGAAGUAACAUAAUUAGUUAAAUAAAAACCACCUGUGUGCAAUCUAAGUGUCACAUGAUCUGUCACAUGAUCUCAGUAUAUAUAUACAGUGGGGGAAAAAAGUAUUUAGUCAGCCACCAAUUGUGCAUGUUCUCCCACUUAAAAAGAUGAGAGAGGCCUGUAAUUUUCAUCAUAGGUACACGUCAACUAUGACAGACAAAAUGAGAAUUUUUUUUCCAGAAAAUCACAUUGUAGGAUUUUUUUAUGAAUUUAUUUGCAAAUUAUGGUGGAAAAUAAGUAUUUGGUCAAUAACAAAAGUUUCUCAAUACUUUGAGGGCCGGCCACCAAAACUCACGGACCAGGCAAGGAGGGCAUUAAUCAUAGAUGCAACGAAGAGACCAAAGAUAACCCUGAAGGAGCUGCAAAGCUCAACAGCGGAGAUUGGAGUAUCUGUCCAUAGGACCACUUUAAGCCGUACACUCCACAGAGCUGGGCAUUACGGAAGUGGCCAGAAAAAAGACAUUGCUUAAAGAAAAAAAUAAGCAAACACGUUUGGUGUUCGCCAAAAGGCAUGUGGGAGACUCCCCAAACAUAUGGAAGAAGGUACUCUGGUCAGAUGAGACUAAAAUUUAGCUUUUUGGCCAUCAAGGAAAACACUAUGUCUGGCGCAAACCCAACACCUCUCAUCACCCCGAGAACACCAACCCACAGUGAAGCAUGGUGGUGGCAGCAUCAUGCUGUGGGGAUAUUUUUCAUCGGCAGGGACUGGGAAACUGGUCAGAAUUGAAGGAACAAUGGAUGGCGCUAAAUACAGGGAAAUUCUUGAGGGAAACCUGUUUCAGUCUUCCAGAGAUUUGAGACUGGGAUGAAGGUUCACCUUCCAGCAGGACAAUGACCCUAAGCAUACUGCUAAAGCAACACUUGGGUGGUUUAAGGGGAAACAUUUAAAUGUCUUGGAAUGGCCUAGCCAAAGCCCAGACCUCAAUCCAAUUGAGAAUUUGUGGUAUGACUUAAAGAUUGCUGUACACCAGCGGAAACCAUCCAACUUGAAGGAGCUGGAGCAAUUUUGCCUUGAAGAAUGGGCAAAAAUACCAGUGGCUAGAUGUGCCAAGCUUAUAGACACAUACCACAAGAGACUUGCAGCUGUAAUUGCUGCAAAAGGUGGCGCUACAAAGUAUUGACUAGGGGGUGGGGUGAAUAGUUAUGCACGCUCAAGUUUUCUGUUCUUUUGUCUUAUUUCUUGUUUGUUUCACAAUAAAAAGUAGUUUGCAUCUUCAAAGUGGUGUUGUGUAAAUCAAAUGAUACAAACCCCCAAAAAAUCAAUUUAAUUCCACUACCAAUGUGAUUUCUGGAUAUUUUUUUCUCAAUUUGUUGUCAUGUUGACGUUGUACCUAGUGAUGAAAAUGAUAGGCCUCUCUCAAUCUGGUUUAAGUGGGAGAAAUUGACCAAUUGGUGGCGCUGACCUAAAUAUUUUUUCCCCACUGUAGAUAGAUAUUGACCAAUCAAUAGAUACUAGACUUUCUAUAUAUUUUAUAUUUGCCUUGUGUUUUUCCUGACAGAUCAUAUGUGGCUGGAAUUAAGAGGCCGUUUUCUGUGCGGUUUGACCCCUACACCUACAGCAUAGAGGUCCUGGACAAUCCCCUGAAGAUCAGAGGAGGCCUGGAGUCUGUCAAGGACGAGCUGAAGAUGCUCACAGAUGCCCUCAAUGUGCUCGCAUGA